AGUAAUUAGGAAUUAGUUAAAAGUAGUUGAGCUUCUAACCCACUUUAAAACUACCAAAUAUUCCUUAUUUCAAUUCCUGCUACCUCAAUUAGUCUAUAUAUCCCUGCAUACUAAUCUCUCCUCAAAUCACCAAAAAUCCCAACUCAGUAAUACUUCAUUACUAAUUAAAAUCACUCAUUAAUCAUCUCACUUUUCUUACUUAAACCAAUAGCACCAAUUAACAAGAAAAUCAAAUCCUCUUAAAAAUGAUGAAAGGUUUCCACGGUGGUGUCCUAGCAUUAGCAGCUUGUUUCAUAGUGCUAACAUUACCAGCUUAUGCACAAAUUCCUACUUCGCCGUGCACAACCUCAAUGAUCUCAAGCUUCACUCCGUGCGUAAACUAUCUAACCAACAGCAGUGGCUCAGGAUCUUCGCCAACAGCCGAUUGCUGCAACGCAUUAAGGUCUCUUAUGAGCAAUGGCACUGACUGCCUUUGCCAAAUCGUAACUGGAGGUGUUCCCUUUCGCCUUCCAAUCAACCGUACCAUGGCUAUUUCUCUCCCCAGGGCUUGCAAUCAACCUGGUGUUCCUGUUCAGUGCCAAGCUGCUCCUGGUGCUCCUGUUCCAGCUCCAGGUCCGGUUGCCUUCGGCCCAUCUGCCUCCCCUGCAGCUGCCAUCUCUCCUGGUCCCUCAGGUACAAUCCCUACAUCUGAGACACCAGCCUUGUCUCCAGUUUCUGAUGCAAAUCCGACUCUGACUCCACCAUCAACAACAUCAACAACUCCAGGAGCCGGUUCUUCGUUAUCUCCUUCAGCUGCAAGACCUUCUCUAAGCUUUUCACCUGCUCUCCUGAUUCCUUCAGUUGCUCUCAUGAUAAUGAAGCUCUUCUAGAUCAAUAUUACCUGUUGUUAUGUGAUAUACAUAGACGCGGACCAUUCUUUUGACAGUUGUGAUUGUUUGUUUUGGGUGUGUUUCCAUUGCUUCCUAUUGUAAGGGUGAUUGUGUUUCUCCCAGGAAAUCCAUAUUAGACACUUAUUUAUGUAAAUGUUUUUGUGAAAUAAUACUUUCUAAUAGUUUCCUUUA